CACGUUGGUUGUAAACAACGACACACUUGCUUUUGCGUUUAAUUUAUUUUUAAAUUGACGUCAUUUGCUGUUUUGAAGGCUUUUAAAAAAACGCUUUUGUAAUAUUUGACCUAAGAAUAUGUAUUCUAUUUUUUUUCUAGUCAAUGACUUUUAGUUUUAUAUCAGUUGCUGACUAGUUUUAUUUAUAGCAGAGAUGAAAACAACUCAAUGCUCAGAGAAGAGAAGCAGUACAAUGAUUAAAUUGUUGCCUCCAGAAGUUCAGGGGCAGCUUCGCUCCGGCGUCGCCAUCCCCUCCCUGCAGCAGUGCGUAGAGGAGCUCGUUUUGAACAGCAUAGAUGCCGGGGCGACCUGCGUGGGAGUCCGAAUGGACCUGGAGGCUUUUAAAGUCCAGGUGAUCGACAAUGGUGCCGGGAUGAACACUGAGAACAUGCAGCGUGUGGGAAACAGAUAUCACACAAGCAAAUGCGGCUCUUUGGAAGACCUGGACAACGUCAAAUCGCACGGUUUCAGAGGAGAGGCCUUGGCAAGUAUCGUUUCUAUGGCAACGCUGGUUGAAAUCUCAUCCCGUUCCCGGGCGUCUGCCAAAACCCUCGUGAAGCUGUUUAAAGACGGGAGGGGCGUGGAUGUAUUUGAAGCAGAGACUGUUAGACCCUCUGCGGGGACAACCGUCAUCGUCUGUAACUUCUUCCACAACAUGCCGGUGCGGAGGAGGAGGCUGGAUGCUGUGCUGGAGGGGGAACGGGUCAGGCACAGGGUGGAGGCCGUUUCCCUCAUGAACCCGUCUGUGUCCUUUACCUUGAAAAAUGACUCCACUGGAGCCAUGAUGGUACAGCUCCCAAAAGCUAAAAGCACCUAUCACAGGUUCGUGCAGAUCCACGGUCUCACACGAGCAGAGAAGCUGGGAGAAAUCUGCUACAGCCACAAGCAGUUUGAAGCAGUCGGUUACCUUGGCAAAGAGGGACACUACAAUAACAGCUUGCAAUUCCUGUAUGUCAAUGAAAGGCUGCUGUUGAAAACAAGGAUCCACAAGCUGUUGAACCUCCUACUGCGCAGAUUAAAACAAAAACCGGACCCCUCAGAUGGCCCUUCUGUCAUUAAAAGUCCCAAGAAUAAGCAAAGCCAUGAGCUUUUUGGCGUCUACAUCCUCAACAUUAAAUGUUCUUAUUCAGAAUAUGAUAUCUGUUUUGAACCAACCAAAACUCUAAUAGAGUUCAGAGACUGGGAUGAGGUUUUACUCUGCGUUGAAGAGGCAGUCAGAGCUUUCCUGAGGAGGGAGAACUUGAUGUCAGAGUUUUCUCAGGAGGACUUGGACUGCGAGUCUUCACGAGUGUUCUGUGCCUCCAAAGCAGAUCAAGAGGAGGACCAAACGAGAGCGGCACCCCCAGACAUUUCCGCCACGGACUGCCACCAUGGAAUGAAACUUGCAUCUGAACUUGUUCAUCGUAGGAGUACAGAUGAUGGGGUUUGCCCAGAGUCUGGUCUGACUAAGAGCAAAACUGAUGAGACCGAAGAAUCAGGACAAACGGGUGCAUCUGAAAAUGAGUCACAAACGACAACACAAAUUGAGUCAGAAGACGGUGGAGUCGUUAAAAAUGCAAAGAUGCCAAAUGUACACGAGGUUGGGUUUUCAGAAGAUGUGAGGCAAAGCGUUAACUCGCCAAAACAGCUAGUUCGAAAUGACUUCAACCAUAAAAAGCCAACAAGGAAUGUACAAGUCGCAGGCAGGCUACAACAGUCCUUAGCAAGCAACAGAAAGAUCAGUUUGUCUGAAUCAAUUGUUCAAGAUAAUCAGCUAACUAACAAUUUCACGUUUCCAUUGCAGACGUUAGGAGGAAAUAGCCAGAAUAAAUACUUUGCACCAAAACGCAAAAUCUCUCUGAAUGCACCUCAGGAAAGAUCCACUCAAAAUCCAUGCAGAGACCCUUCUUUUGUCCCCCCCACAAAGAUUUCCAGAAUUUUUCCUUGUCAGAAACUGUCUGCAUUUAAGGAAUCCGGAUCCCUUGACAAGUUUAGACAAAUGUAUGCCCAUUCUGGUGAGAUGAAACUACCUCGUCAGCAUUUACAGAAAGAUGCAAGAGGUCCCCAGACGUCCAGCCUUGUCUUAAAUUCCUCAAGUUUGUCUGUUUGCAGCAAUGAUUGGAAGGAACGUACAACUGCUGAGGUGCAAGGGGAUAGGGAGAAACAGAGUUCCUCCCAAAAUCUGUCAUGCUUUCCUGCUAGGAAAACUCAGAAUAAAGACAAAUUAUCUUUCUCUGCAAAACUCUCCCAGUUAAAGGAACUGAGGAAAGAAGAGGCAGAAGUUUCUCUGCACAGGCCCAGCACUAUGUUGGAGAAGAAAAUCUGUCUUAGCAGCUGUAAUAAAGGCACAGAGGAGGAAAGCAGCAGUCAGAAUCCUCAAGAUACUGCAGUGCAUGCUGGGUCCACCCCGCACCGCAGUACAAGUCCUCUUCAGGCCGGGGCUGAGGAGGAUUCAGCAUCUGGCACUUGGCUUCACCACUACAAUACGUCUGUCGGAAAGACCGUUUAUAUCAACAGAGUGACCGGGCUCAGCAGAUAUGACAACCCAGCCGAAGAAACGCAAGUCUGCUGCACAUCCGACGUCACCAAUAUGGCAGUUAGUGUCAUUUCUGAAACGGCUGUAGGGAUGGAGUACAGGUGUUAUCCUUUUCAAUUGGAUGUAGUGUUGCCUUUCCUGCCUAAAUCCAGGUCGGAGAGGCUGAUUAGCUCAGGGCUUGAUUGCGGAGAUGCUGCCCCUGAAAGCUCUAACUCCCUCUCAGUAAUGUAUUCUAAAUGGAAGAAUCCUGUAUUCGUCCAACCCCCUGAGGUCGGUGUGGACAUUUCUGGCGGGCAAGUGGACGGAUUAGUCGUGAAGAUUCACAGUGUUCUGGUUCCUUAUCGUUUAUCCAAAGCCAUGAUUCACUCGAUGAAGGUCGUUGAUCAAGUGGAUAAGAAGUUUCUUGCGUGUCUUAUCAACACAAGAGAAGAAGAGCUGGCAUCAGACGGUGACACUGAAGGAAAUCUGCUGGUACUGGUGGAUCAGCAUGCUGCACAUGAAAGAGUUCGACUUGAAAACCUCAUCACAGAUUCAUACGAGGACAACCCAGAAAUAUUUGGAGAGAAGUGGUUGUGCUCAUCGACCAUCGUUCCACCUCUGGAGAUCAGUGUAACAGAAGAGGAGCUCAGGCUGCUGAGCUCGUGCAGGUCACAGUUGAGGAGUUUGGGCCUGGAAGUUACCUUUUCAGAGACACAAAGACCCAGCAUUUUUGUAGGGAAGGUGCCGCUGUGCUUUUUGGAAAAAGAGACUAAUGAGCUGAAGAGAGGUAGACCAUCCAUUAUCAAGACCAUCGUUGAGGAGUAUCUUCAAGAGCAGAUUGAAUUACUGCUCUCUACUGGCAGGGUGAAAAGGACUUUACCCAUCACUGUGCUGAAAGUCCUCGCCUCGCUUGCGUGCCACGGCGCCGUCAAGUUCAAUGACACUCUCAACAGGGACGAAUGCCACAGCUUAGUGGCAUCUUUGUCUUCUUGCCAGCUGCCCUUCCAGUGCGCCCACGGCCGUCCUUCUAUUGCCCCUCUUGUAGAUAUUCGUCAUUUGGAUGAAGAGUCGAAGGAUUUCCAGAAACCGAAUCUGAAAAAGCUGAGAAGAAUGUAUGAAGCAUGGCAGCUCCAAGGGAACAUCUAAGUGCUCAUUCAAUAUUUAAUGUGUAGCUCACAGCAACACAAAACUAAAUCACUUCAUAAAAUCAUAUUUAUUAAAUGACUUGGAUAUCUAAGUUGUCCUUUUUUUUAAUUUUAGUAAUAAAUGUUUUUGAAACCAAAGCCACGGUUAAACUGCUGGAAGGCAUUUAUAACUAAAAGACAGCUAAUAUUUGUAAUGUAUGAAAAACUGUCUGAAUUUUAAAAGUUUAAGAAAAAAAGAUAUGCCAGCAUAAAGUGAAAUAAGAUCACAUUUAGUGGUCAUGUGUGAUUUUGGAAAAUAGUCCUUAUUUGAAAUAGUCUUUUGGUCAAUAGUUACUUUUUUUUUCAAUAAAGAGAGAGACUCAAACUUACCUGUACAAGUGCAAACUAGAAAUUUGCUGCAGAAAUAAAAUCAGAACCUUU